UUUGUUUUGCGUUGACUGUUGUGUUUAUUGUCAAUAAAUUAUAUACUCAGAAAUAAAACCCCAGGAAGUUUCUAUAAACAAGCACUAAAAAUAAACUGGUUAAUUUCUAGCUACUGUAAAAGAUUUGCAAUUUAUGAAAUCUUGAAAAAAUAUUAUUGAUUACUCUUAUCAAAUAAGUGUUUUCUUUGCAAUAGAAGAUAGUGUUUUGUGAGUUAAUUACCACAAUUCAGGCUUCCAAAGAUUAUUGUGCAUUAACAAAAACAAAACAUCUUCAACACAAUGAAAUGAAAUAAGGUACCAGUAGUUUUUAGAAUAUUUCCAUACGUAUAAUUAUCGCAGAAGCAAUACGUAUUACGAUGAAUGAUGACAUUCACCAGGACCAGGAGUAUCAGAACACGAGCAGCAGAGAUGAACAGCUCGACUUAUUUAAUUUAAUUGGAGGAAGUUGGCCACCAGCACCAAAGGAACCUGAACAUCCUGAGUAUGGGUCACAGCCGCACAGUCCAAAACGAACUAUGCAGCGGUCUAACCAUGAACGGAUCAAGUCUAUAAAUCUCAUUAACCAUUUGGAAAGACGGAGAAAUAAACCUACUUCAUCAGGCUCAAAUAUCAACUCUGAAGAAUUUGUUAACAGUGCUAAAAUGGUUCAUGAACCUAAAAAAAUUGAAACUGGCCUCUUGGUAGAUGUGUGCAGUGGUGAGGUUCAAGAGGAGUUUUACGACUCGCCGUCUCUGGGAUCGCCGCGAGCGGUGCACGCAAAGGGGAACCAGUCGCCACAAAGUCUCCAAGACGAUAUCGGCGUGGGAUCACUCGUAGAAGUCGCCACAGACGUUGACCAGAAUUACUAUGGCGUUGUAAGGUGGAUAGGUCUGAUUGAGGACAUAGCAACAGCAGGCGUUGAGCUCGAGCAGAGCGUAUGUGGGCUGGGGGACGGUAGCCACCGCGGACAGCGGCUGUUCUCGUGCGGGCCGGGACGCGCGCUUUUCGUGCCGCUGCCGCUAUGCCGCCGCGAUGCGCGUUUCCGGGACACACCGCCGCCCGAGCCCCAUAACAACGAACAAUACGACCAGCCGGACUGCCCCGUGGUGCGCGGCGUGGUACCACCGCUGAGCGCGCUGGGCUCGCUGGCGGGCAAGAGCCGCGGCAUCCAGGGCCACCACAACUCGUGCUACCUGGACGCCACGCUCUUCGCUAUGUUCACCUUCACCAGCGUGUUCGACGCGCUGCUCUACCGACCGCCGGAACCUGAGGACUCUCCUCACUACACAGAAGUACAACGUGUACUCCGCGAAGAGGUGGUAAAUCCGCUUCGCAAACACGGCUACGUGCGCGCAGAUCGCGUCAUGAAACUAAGAACGCUUCUCGAACGCCUCUCUGAUGUACCUGGCCUCACUUCUGAGGAAAAGGAUCCAGAAGAAUUCUUGAAUGGUUUAGUAGCACAACUGCUACGGGCGGAACCAUUCCUGAAACUAUCCUCGGGCCAAGAAGCAUAUUGUUAUCAACUCUUUGUGGAGAAAGAUGAGCACGUCACUUUGCCUAGUGUUCAGCAACUUUUGGAACAGUCUUUCGCUACAUCGGGGGUCAAACUUAGCGAGGUACCAGCUGCGUUUAUAAUUCAGAUGCCUCGUUUCGGGAAACAAUACAAACUGUACCAGCGUGUGCAACCAUCUCCGUUGUUAGAUGUUACUGAUCUCAUUGAAGGCUUGCCGCGGCAGUGUACGGUGUGCGGCGGGCUUGCGCGUUGGGAGUGCGGCGCGUGCGCAGUGGCGGGUGCGCUGGACGCGGGCGCUCUGUGUGCGGCGUGCCUGCGCCUCGCUCACUCCUCCAGGCCGCACCACAAGGCGACCCCGCUAUCAAUCUGCGAGGAAUACGCAAACAUACUGGAAUCGUGCCCAGUGCCGCGCGUCUACAUGGAGCUAUUCGCUGUGCUCUGCAUUGAGACCAGCCACUACGUCGCGUUCGUCAAGACAGGCGCCGGCCAAGACGCACCGUGGUGCUUCUUCGACUCCAUGGCCGACAGAAAGGGGGAGCGCAACGGUUAUAACAUUCCGGAGAUCGUUGAGAUCGCAGAACUCGGCGCCUGGCUUAGCGAAGAGGGCGGACGGGCAUUGCACGACUCAGCGCCACUCGAUCGCCACCUUCCGGCGCCCGCCAAGCGACUAUUGGCCGACGCCUAUAUGUGCUUCUACCGUAGUCCCGAUCUAGCCAUGUACCGAUAGCACCACACCAGAACCACCUAAAGAAUGUAAACAAACCGACGGCUUAUUGGCGCAGUGGGCAGCGACCCUGCUUUCCGAGUCCAAGGCUGUGGAUUCGAUUCCCACAACUGGCAAAUGUUUGUGUGAUAAACAUGAAUGUUUUUCAGGUUGUGGGAGUUUAUUUGUAUAUUAUAAGUAUUUAUGUUUAUCAUUCAUAAAAAUUUUCUUCAGUCAUCAUAGUAACGUGACCUGUACUAGGUUUCUAGGAUAGGUCACGUUUAUUGGACCUACCUAAUAAUAGCAUUCCUAAUAGACAGAUUAUUAGCGAUAAACGUUUUAUAAUAAUUUUUACUGGUGAAAUAAAAUGAAAACAUAUUGAA